UGUCUGAGGAGGCUUCGAAAAAUUCGUAGCUGGUGUGGUGUUCCCGUGCUCGACGAGGAAGAGAAGUCGUCGUUGAUCGUCGAGGAUCAAUUUUGUCGCGUAGUUCAAGCUCGCGCCUCAAUCCAUUUCCCGGUGCUAAGGUGCGAGGCGUUGCUGCAUUUGCAUAGUGAUUUCACGGUCGUCGAAAGCAGAGGUGAACAGCGACGGCGACGACGACCUCCCCUCGAACAACGACGACACGGACGACGACGACGAAGAAAACGUCCACGUCGGCGUCAGCAGGGUUUUCGAACGUUACUUCGCGUAGCUUAGCGCCCGAUCGCGGCAAAAUGUUGUGCACAAGCCUGGCAAGUCGACAACGUCGGGCCUGAGAAGUCGAGAAGCGCGAGAAAGAGUGACGAGUAGUGACGAGAUUCAAAGUAUAACGAGAGAGAUAGAGCGAGUGAGAAAGAGCGGCAGUGGUGGAGGUGAGGCGGUAGCGCUUCCCCCGCACCCUCCGAAAGCGCACGAGCGUAAGAGUGAGAGAAGACAGAAGAGCGAACAGUGGGAGAGAAAGGAAGGAAGAAAGAAAGAAAGAGGUGGAUAGAGACGGAGGACCGACUACGCCGUUAGGCCGAAAAAGAGAAGACGAGUGGAGGAAGAAAGCUGGAGAGCGCGAGUGGUGGUGUGCCGAGAGUAACAACGGCGUAACAACGCAACGAACGGAGGCGUUGUCGAGAACAUUGAAAUUCAUUGUGUUGUCGGUCCCAUAGAAGAUACGGUGAGGUAUAUAGGUUCGCAACAACGAAGAAAUCCGACCCGUCAGCCAGAUCAUCGUGGAGUUACACUAUAUAGGAAAGCUACCAAGUGCGGCGGUGUACCUCCACUGGCGAGCGCGUACGAACCAUUCCGAAAACGUCGACCCCCGCCUCCCCUCACAGCAUAGCUCUCCGCAACACUCCGCGCCUUCGUUCAGGUUAUUAGGUAGUAGAAGCGCGCUUCUCGAUCCGUGAUACUCCCUGACAGCAACGACCAAUACGAAAGAUUGUUGUAAAUUGUGUCAAUUCGCGUAGUUGGACACCACCGGCGCGGUAUAUCGUAGCCGCCGGUGGACAUUGCUGGAACAAGAGAAAGAGCAUCGUGUGAAACGUAUCGGGCGGCAAGCCUGUCGCGCGAACGUGCUUGGUGUAAACGGAGUGUAUAUAACCCCGGUGUGCGCUGUUCCAUCACUACGGACGUUGCUCGUGAGAGUCGCUACCGUCGCCAGCGACCACCAUCGUCAACGGGAGCGAACGUAUAUUCGGAAGGAAGUGUCGAAAGUGUGAAGAAAAUUUUCACGGCUCCUGUUUUCCCCGUAUUAUCGUCUCUGUGAUCACUCGUAUCACAGUUGUCAUCCUUGUCCACGGUUCUCCAUAGUUCCUUCUUUCUCGAUCUUGCGCGCGCUUUGGUCGCUCGUUGCUCUUCCCUCCUUUCUGUCCCUCCUACUCCCUCUCCCGCCCUUCCUCCCUUCUCUCUCUCUCUCUCGCACACCCUGUUUCUAUCUCUUUCUCUCUCUUUCUCCCCGCGUCUGUCCGUUUUACUCUCUUUCUCUCCCUUCAUCCGUCGAUCGAGCACGGCCGUGGCGUAAUAUAGAAGAACCUAACCGUGCGGACGUGUAUGCGUGCGUGCGAUGUGAUUAUCAUUCGUGCUGUCAUUGAUGUCCGAGGUGGUGUCGAGAACGACGACGACGACGACGACGACCACGACGCGUUGCUGGCUAUCUUCACGUGAGGCGUUCGCGAAGAGGAGGAGGAGGAAGUGGCACGGCCAGCCGAGGCGGCGGCCAGCGGAAGCAGAAGCGGCAUACUCCAGACCUCGGUGUCAGGUGGAGGUGGAGGAGCCGGUGAAGAAAUUUUCAGGAUGAGCGGCCGACCAAGGACCACCUCCUUCGCUGAGGGCAACAAGCUGCCCGCGAAUCCGCCCAUGGGUGGCAUGAAGAUCAGCAGCAAGGAUGGCAGCAAAGUGACAACCGUGGUGGCUACCCCCGGUGCUGGUCCAGACCGUCCCCAAGAGGUCGCCUACACAGACACAAAAGUGAUCGGCAAUGGCAGCUUCGGCGUUGUCUACCAAGCGAAACUCUGUGAUACGGGAGAGAUGGUCGCCAUCAAGAAGGUUCUCCAAGACAAACGGUUUAAGAACAGAGAAUUGCAAAUCAUGCGGCGUCUUGAGCACUGCAACAUCGUGAAGCUAAAAUAUUUCUUCUACUCUAGUGGUGAUAAGAAGGACGAGGUUUAUCUCAAUCUAGUCCUGGAAUACAUACCCGAAACUGUGUACAAAGUCGCUCGACAUUAUAACAAAAGCAAGCAGACGAUACCGAUCAGUUUCAUCAAGCUGUACAUGUAUCAACUGUUCCGUUCCCUGGCGUACAUACAUUCCCUGGGGAUCUGUCACAGGGACAUCAAGCCACAGAAUCUAUUGUUGGACCCGGAGACCGGCGUUCUGAAACUCUGCGACUUCGGCUCGGCCAAGCAUUUGAUCAAAGGGGAGCCUAACGUGUCUUACAUAUGCAGUCGCUACUAUCGCGCGCCCGAACUAAUCUUUGGUGCUAUUGACUACACUACAAAAAUUGACGUGUGGAGCGCAGGUUGCGUACUCGCUGAAUUGUUGCUUGGCCAGCCGAUAUUCCCCGGCGACAGCGGUGUAGAUCAGCUGGUAGAGAUCAUCAAGGUUUUAGGCACACCGACCCGGGAUCAGAUACGUGAGAUGAACCCGAACUAUACCGAAUUCAAAUUCCCACAGAUUAAGUCGCAUCCUUGGCAAAAGGUGUUCAGGGCACGUACGCCCCCGGAAGCGAUGGAACUGGUCGCUCGGCUCUUAGAGUACACGCCGUCGUUACGGAUGACACCGCUGCAGGCGUGUGCCCAUUCGUUCUUCAACGAGUUGCGGGAACAGGGCACACGGUUACCAAACGGCCGGGAGCUGCCGCCGUUGUUCGACUUUACAGAGCAAGAGUUGCGAAUUCAGCCAGCUCUGAACUCGGUCCUAAUACCGAAGUACAUGCAGUCUUCGGACAAUCCUGGAGGCCAAUCGGAAGCCACGAGUGCUGCCGCGGGGGCUAGCGACGCGAGACAAAACACGGUAAAAGAAUGCGAAUGUGGGGACAGUGUGCUAAGCACAGACGCGAAGGAGGAAUCGUCGAGGCAGGAGAAGGAGAAAGUGGAGGACAAACAGGAUGAAGAACCAGAGCAGGGGAACCCGGAAAAGAAGGACGAGGAAGAAGAGACGGAGCAGAAGCAGCAGGUGGACGGAUAGGAGACCUGUAGCCCCCACUUGCGACAGGAAGAGAACCCGUACACUCCUUUGAAAAUAAAUAUAGUGACUUGUUGAAAAAUCUAUCUAGGACGGCAGCGCUUCGCUGAACGGUAAACAUUUAGGAAUCGCCUUAUACGAGACCUACUUCGAACGGUAAUAAUUAAGAUAUUUAUCGAACAUACGAGAAAGAAGAAUGAAAUCGAUCGAUGGUAAGAAUAUUGUCCCUUGGAUAAAGAAUGGAGAAAUCGGAGAACGUUAUCGCUUUAGUACAUACGUUUGCAAAAGGGUAUAUUGUAUCGUUAUUACUUAUCAUUCCAAUAAAUUUAAUUGAUCGCUGACUACCCGAAACGAUACAACAUCCAACUGUUGAUCGAACCGUGGAACGGUAGCUUGAAGAAGUCACUAUAUUUGUUCUAUUAACUAUAGUACGGUGACGAUACAGACGAGAUGACGACAUUGUCUGUGGAGUGGAGGAUCUCUGCCCCUUUCGGUAUGGCUAUGGAUUAUAUAAUACAAGGUCCUUUAAUUAAACCCCGCGAGAAGAGUGUAGUCGACGAUUGAGUGCUUACUUAAGCUGGUGGGUCGAUUAUAAUUAACGGUCCAUCAAUAACCGACUAUAUAUUGUUCUUCUGAAUUAUCGUCGACUAUAAUCGUCCGUUGAAAUCGAUACAUAGACUGCACACAGUUGGACUAUAUCCCCGAGUCUGCGACUCAUCGACUAUACUCUUCUCUCUAUCUGUCGAUCAUAGUCACUUCUUCGACACAACCACAGUCGAUGACCGACUUGUGUACACCAUCUUUUUCGCUCACGGUACCUAUUUGUCGACUAUCGGACGCUUCCUCGAGCUUGUAUGACUAUGGUUGAUGGCCUUUCGGAGUGUUUCACCUUAGAGACUGCGAGUCGACUAUAGUCAUCGCUGCACGCUUACUUGAGAGCCACCAGUUGAAUCUAGUCAACAGCUACCGGAGUAACUUCGACGCAAAGCGGUUGACUAUAAUCAAUCAGCGUUAACGUGCUUGAAUCAAGUGACAACGAUCGUUCGCAGCCGCCAAGCCGUGCACUUACCACUAAUUAUUAAUCGAUGACUGCGGGGAACCCAAGCUACGUGUCCUGUUUCGAGACAACUAAAACACCAUCGACUUUCACGGGGCUGGAAUAUCUCCAUUUUUAACAAAACAAGACGUCCAUUACACACGAAUUAAUCAUCGACAGCACUGUUCGCCAACUGUACACGCUAUACCGAGAGGGUUGCCGUUACUUACGACUGUAUGAUACUAGGGAAAAUUGUGUUAAUAUACAUAGUAAUACGUAAAGAAGAUAUUUACGACGCAGUUAAAGAUAUAAGAAAAAAAAGAUUAAGAAAAAAAAAGCAACGGCGAAGGAGGAGGAGGAGAGGGAGAAAGAAGAGGAAGAUUAAGUAAGAAAUAUACAGAGAGAGAAUGAGGAGUAGCGUUAGUUACUACCGUGAACACACACUUCUAUAAAAUAAUUUACGCUGAUUCGAUGAGGCUGAGGAAAGGAGAGGGGAACAAACGCGUUUCCUGUUUCUGUGUGCUCGUGUGCGAGUGGCUGAGAUCGCGUGUGUGAGCUUAGAUGACGGAGCGCCUGUAUGCGUGUAAGAAAGAAAAUUACGCCCUCGGACUCGUUUCGAGAUACAUAGUAAUGGAAAAAAAAAGAGAAAAAGAGAGGGAGCGAAAGAUUGGAGGAACCGAGAAACAAAACCGAAAGCAUGUACACACAUAUAUAUGUAUGUAAUGUAUAAAUACAGAGCGUAUAUAUAUAUAUAUAUAUAUGGAAUAUGUAUAUGUAUGUAUAGGUAAUUAACACGGCGACACUGUAUGGCGAUUUAAAAGAGGCGAGAAUUAACGAAAGAAAAGAGAGAGAAAGAGAAAAAAAGU